AUGUUCCGAUUAAUCCUUGCGAUCACAAUAGCCACCUUGUGUGUAAGCGCUAUCCCAAAGAAUCUUCCCCAUCCACAAGAAUUCGCCUUUACAUUAGGCGAGGAGGAGUUUGAAGACUAUCUUGAUAAGUGGCUUGAAAUCGAAGAACAAAAUUGGAUUAAUUCAACAUUAGCGGCCGAAACGCGCAACAGCGGGUGCACUUUCAGAGUUAACGGUGACUUUGGACAGCCUCAUCCAGUCUUCAUUCAUAGAUCAAGAAACACUUUCCUGGCACCUACUGGUAACAGUGGGCAAGUUCGUCUCAACGGUAAUGAAGAAAUCGUUGUAUCAUGUCCAGGAUCGAAUAGGUCAAUUCGUCAUCCCAAUAUAAUUUCAACCGUUCACACUGCUAAUGCGAGAUGCGUUAACAGUGCAGUGAUAUCAGGUGCGGGCUGGUUGAAUGGAAACAGAAAUUUUAAAGAUCUGACUUGUAGUUCUCAUCCUUACUAUAUAGCCGAACAAACAAACCAAAGAUGUUUCAAUAAUAACGUUGUUAUUCGAGUUGGAUUUAAUGUAAACAAUGUUUUUCACACUGUAUACUGGUCAUGCUACAACCAAAACCGAAUGGAAGUUUUGUACGUUUGGCAUGAUCAAAACCCUACUAAUGCUGUUCACCAAACAGGCGUCCCCAGACCGAGCUGGCUAGCUGGCAAUUUUUUCCCUGGUGUAAACAUAAAUACCGCAUACACACAAAGUAGCCAAAGAACCGUCAUCGGAAAUAUAGUAGGAAGCAAUAUAGUUGGCCGAUACAUUACUAACACUCAGUUUCUUGCCCGCGGUCACCUUACCGCCAAGAGCGACCACGUCUUUGAACCAAGUCAAAGGUCUACCUUUUUCUUCAUUAACGCAGCUCCGCAAUGGCAACCAUUCAACGCUGGUAACUGGAACAAUCUUGAACAGAAUCUUCGUAGAAGAAUUGCCGCAGCUGGAUACAACGCUGUUGUAUAUACAGGUACUUUUGGUGUUACCCAACUCCGGAAUUCCAACAAUCGUUUAGUAGACAUUUAUUUGGCAUCCAACAAUAGAGUACCCGUACCUCAAUAUUUUUACAAGGUGGCUUAUGAUGCAUCUAGUCGUCGUGGAACUGCCUUCAUAAGCAUAAAUAACCCCUACUAUACUCUGGCUGAGGCUAGGGCACUACAGUUCUGCACGGACAGAUGUCGUAACAACAAUGCUUUCAACUGGAUUAAUUGGCAGCCCGACCGCGUGGAUAUCGGCUACAGUUUCUGCUGCACAAUUGCUGACUUCAGACGUCACAUUGGUCACAUUCCGAAUUUCGAUGCUUCUGGUGGUCUUCUUUCUUAAAAACAAUAAAAUAGAAAUAACAGUGUAAUCAUGUACUUUGAUUUAAAUAAAGAUGAAACUUGGCGGUGAAGU